AGACAAACUUUUCCCAUUUUCUUCCGAGUGAUGAUGACUCAGCUAGAGGCUUCAGUAAGAAGCAUUUCUGCUGGAAAAUCAUCAGAUUCAAGUGAGAUUGAAUUAGAGAAGUUGUUACACUGGAACAUGGCUGUGCGUGAUUUCCACAUCCUUGUUAACUUGGUCAAGGUAUUUGACAGCCGCCCUGUACUCAGUGUUUGCUUGAAGUAUGGUCGCCUGUUUAUAGAGACAUUUUUGAAGUUUGGCAUGCCCCUCUUGGACUACAGCUUUAAAAAGCACAGGGAGGAUGUGCAGAGUUUGUUGAAAACCUUGCAACUGAGCACGAGACAACUUCACCAUAUGUGUGGCCACUCCAAGAUUCAUCAAGACACAGGACUCACCAGUCAUGUACCUCUACUAAAGAAGUCCCUUGAGCUAUUUGUAUAUCGAGUGAAAGCCAUGCUGGCUCUCAAUCAUUGUCAGGAGGCUUUCUGGGUGGGCAUCCUCAAAAAUAGGGACCUGCAGGGAGAAGAGAUCCUUUCACAAGGAUCACAAGUAACUGAAGCAGAAGAGACAGAGAUUUCCACGCUCUCUAGAAAGGAUCCUGGAGAGGCAGUUGAGGAAAAGGAAGAUUCACAGUCUGAAGGUAGAACGGACACCAAUGAUAGUGAUGAAGACAGCUCUGAUUAGAAUGGGCUAUAAUUCUGGGUUGGCUUAGAUUAUUGGAACUUAGAAAAUGAAACAGUAAUGUUGAACAUGUUCUGUAUAUCACGUGCCUCUAUAUCCCAGGAAGUUUAUAACUGGGAUCCAGACAAUAUUAAAAUAAAAUUGAUGGGCCAAGGACAGUAUUAUUUGUUUGUCUUUUAAUACUCAACUCUCAUUAUUAUUUUGAAAAUGAAUAUAUUGAGCACUUUUGUCUCCCCCCCUCAUCCAUCUCCCUUUUCUUACAUCUCCAUAUCUUUUCCCAUGAAUAUAAAAAAGCAAACAUUACAAGUUUUGCUUGGAGUGCGAGAAUUAAGAUAACUUUCUUAGGAAAGCUUAUUGAUACCUUUCAUGCAUUUAACAAUUGUGUCAGGAAAUGAGCCCAGUCUUAUUUAAUAAUUCAUAUGGUUGGAUAUAAAGCAGGAAAUAUGUUUAUAUUGACCAAAUGUUGGUAUCAAAAAAAAAACCCACCUGCCUCAGGUAAAAGACUGCUGUUCAUAUUUAUUUCAGACCUCAAGAGAAUAUAAAACACAAAGUUGGGGGUUAUAAAAUAAAAAUAGUGGGGUUUUUUAAUAUAAUCUUAUGAUAGGAUUAGAGUAUCUUUUUUUAUGAAAGCAAGUCCUGAUUUCCAUUCCUGUUUAUUUUUUGAUCACAUACAAAGCAAACUUGUAUGAUCAAGCACAGUGAAAUGUAGUGAUUCUGACAGUCUCAGAUUCUGGUUUUUUAAUUAAUAUACUGUUACAAGGAGGCUCCUCCUUUAAGAUACCAUUUUAUAAAAAAUAUUUAGGAAGAUGGGUUAAAAGUGUUUUCUGUUACCUAUUUCUCUUCUAUGAUUUAAUGCUAUUUUGUAUAAAUAGAUAAUUUUUAUUUGGUGGCUUUGUGAUACAGACAAGAUUAUUCUUGGUUUUUUCUUCCCAGUUAAACAGAUAUAUUUUCUACCUAUAACUGUUUCACUGCAUUCGUUUAAAAAAAAUAUGAGGAUUAUAUGCACAUUUGUAUAAAUUGCUAUUCACAGCAUAGCGUUCCCCAGAAAUACCCAGUAUGUCCUACAUGUAAGCCCUUCCAUUUAAAAAAACUAGUUACCAGCAUUUUUCUCUCCCAGUCCACUGAACUUUUUCCCCAUCUGUUUUGCACAUUUAUCCUCACAAUUCAUGGAAAUACGCUUCUAUUCUGCAUUUCAUUUCUCCAAUUGCUUAUGUACUGCAGUGAUCCCUAUUUUAUGUCAAAUAUAAAUUAAUAACUUUGGAAUGUGCUUUGGAGACUAUUAUUUUGUGUGUGAAUAGAGAACAAGUCAUCAUUUUUUUUCUGUAUGGUAGCCUCUCAGAUGCUUUGAAGAGUGCUUUUAUAUUCUGUCAUCUUCUCAAGGCUAAUAAUGGCCAGUUCUCUCAAUCUCUCUCCAAAGGACAAGCUUCCCACUCCCCAAUCAUCCUUGAGGGCAUCCUUACUUGUACUUAAACUGUAGUGCCCAAGCUGGAUACAGCUGUCAAGGCAGGGUGUGAACAAUGCAGACUACACUGGAGCUAUAGACUGUGGUAGUAUAGAAAUAAAAUAAAUAAAAACAAUUUCCUGUGAUUUGAGAACUAUAGUGUAAAUCAAAUGAUGUAGGCAGGGGUACCUUUGAAAAUUAGCCUGAAGAUAAAUGAAGGUUUUUCCAUGCUUAGAAGGAGCUGUUUGCCUUUUUGUAAUAUCUAAACUUCUCUGCAAUUUCCUUCUCUUUCCAAUUAUCUCUUCUCCUCACUUCCUCUCCAACCAGUUUUGUUCUUCUCUUCCUUUUCCCAGUGAAGCUAUACCUUCUUCAUACCUCAUUCUUAUCCUCUUAUUCUCUUCCAGUUAUUUCUACUGAAAGUAAGAUAAUGUAUGUAUAUUGUGUUUCUGUGAAUGAGAGGUUUGUGUAAAUUUUAAUUCUAUUACUAGAAAAGUAUAUUUUGUAGUACCCUGCCUUUUCAUAUAGACAUUUACAUACAUGCAUAUGCAAGUAGGUGCAUAACCCACAUACCCCCACAGCAAUGGAUCUGCUUUCACUUUCUUUCUCACAAAUGACAACCAUCGUCAACAAAUGCUGCAAAAAUAGAAUGUGUGGGCAAGUCUAGACACAGCUAGACCCUUACAGAGAUAUAUACUAGCAGGUUUUAUAAUCAAUACAAAUACAAACAUGGACCAAGAAAUGUCAGGGUGCAGAACUUCUGUAUUUAAAAUUUAUCAAGAAGUUUGAUUAUAUUUAUUUAGACUUAAAUAGAACCAAUAGCCUCAUCUUCCCUUUCUAUUCUUAAGGAAUGAAGCAAAGUUCAGAUCAGUGUCACAGCUGUUACUAUGAAUAAUUAUGGUAUUUACUUUGCACAUGAUUAAAUGUACAGAGAAUAUGCCAGCUGUCUCUGGCAGUACCUGGUCAUUUGACCCCAUUUUACAUUUUCUCCUAAUAUGUCCUUGUACAGAUGGUAAUAAUUUAAACAUUUGUUUCCUAUCCUCAUGGUCCUUAAUACCCCUAAUACAGUAUAGGAGACCCAUUUGAAGGCCUUGCCUUGUGAGGUGACACAGGCUCAAGUUUCCACUUGAUCAUAAACCUUAGUAGGAAACGGACUCCCCCAGAUGAUUUCACUGGGCCGUCUUGGAAAUAUGAUGGGGUGCUUUGAACUCCCAAAGGAAACCUGGGAUAACCAAUGUGGGAAAAGGUAUUUUGUAACCAAAGAGUGGAAGACUCGUGGCCAGCCGUAUUUUUGCAACCCAAAUCUGGUGUUCCUAAGGUAAAUAGCUUUUCGCUUCCAUCUCGAAAGCGGAGGAUGUUAUAGGCUAUAUCAUAAAAAAUUCAAACAAAAAUAAAGGAAGCCGGCUCCCACCGGAAUGAAGCAACCUGAAAGGCCAAAGACAAGGGCAGGCACCCCAAUCGGCGCAUGACGUCAGCCCUGCAAGC